UGGGAAAAGGCAGCUCCCGGCAGGCCGGGAUUCAAACGGUCGGCGGGCGCGGCGCGUGCGGCUGGUGGUUUCCCUGGGGACGGCGCUGCCCGGCCCGGCCCGGCCCGGCCGCCCCCAUGUCGGCGCGGCUGGUGGGCCCCGGGCCCUACCGCGCCACGCGGCUGUGGAACGAGAUAAUUGAACUCUUUCGUGCCGCGAUGCCCUUACGGAAGCAUCGGUGCCGCUUCAAAAGCUACGAGCGUUGCUUCAAAGCCUCAGAGGCCGUGGACUGUUUACAUGAACUACUCGGCUCCAAUCAAAACUUUGGCCCUGAAGUGACUCGCAGUCAAACGGUUAAGCUGCUUAAAAAGUUCCUGAAAAAUCAUGUUAUUGAAGAUAUUAAAGGAAGAUGGGGUAAAGAGGACUUUCAAGAUGAUGGCCAUUUGUAUAGAUUUCCUCCUUCCUCACCUCUGAAGCCAUACCCAAAGAAACCUUCAUUUGGAAAGGAAGUCAUUAAAUUUCCAGACUGGAAUGAAACAAAGGUUGGCGUUUCCCAAGAACACAUCCCGGUGAAAUCUGUCACAAUGAACUCUGAAAUGUGGUACAAGCGUCACAGUAUAGCUAUAGGGGAAGUACCAGCAUGCAAACUUGUUCUCCGCAGGGAGUUAACACAAGCAAAUAUAGAAGAGAUAUGGAAGUCCAUGACUUUGUCACGACUACAAAAGGUCUUGGGUUUGAAUUCUCUGGAUGAAGUGUUGGACACGAAGCUUGUGAAUUCAAAGCAUAUUGUCCAAAAUGCAUACAAUGUCAAUAAGCAAGGCAUCGUCACUUUAGAAGACAAGUCAAAGGACCUACCUCACUGGAUAUUGUCAGCAAUGAAAUGCCUAGCAAAUUGGCCAAGCUGCUCAGAUUUGAAGCAGCCUACAUAUUCAGGAUUUGAAAGAGAUGUCUUCAAAACUAUAUUGGACUACUUUGGCCAGAUGAAAGAACCGCUUCUUACAUUUAAUUUUUUUGAUAUUUUUGUCUGUGUGUUAGGUCUGUUGCAAAAACACAGCAAGGCUGUAGAAGCUCUUCAAAUAUCUUGUCUCCUGCUGCCACCAGAAAAUCGGAGGAAACUACAGCUGUUAGUGAGGAUGAUGGCAAGAAUUAGCUUUAACCAAGAUUUGCCACCUCUUUCUGAAUCAGUGAGGACCAGAACCUUGAUGGUUCAGGCAUUUUCCCGUUGCAUUCUUUGCUCUAAAGAUGAAAUGGACUUGGAUGAACUGCUUGCUGCUAAACUAGUAUCUUUUCUCAUGGACAAUUAUCAAGAGAUCUUAAAUGUUCCUUCUUCCUUGAAAUCGUCUAUAGAGGAACAUGUUGUACAUAUCCAAAGAGUCCAAAUAAAAUACACUGGAGCUGACACUGAUGCAACUUUUCCUGCUUCAUCUUUUUGUCACCAAAUCAGCACAGAUGAGUUUGAAUACCAAAGGGCUACUGGCUCUCAAGAACCACUGGCAGCUUUAUUGGAAGAAAUAGCAAUGAACAAAGAAAUAUCUGUGAAAGACAAGAAGAAGAAGCUCAAACAAUUUCAGAAAUCUUACCCUGAAGUGUACAGAGAACGAUUUCCUACCCCUGAAACUGAAGCAGUACUAUUUCAUGAAAAAUCUAAACAGAAACCACCAAUUCUGAUGUGGGCCUUAAAAAAGCCUUUUCAACCAUUUCACAGAACCAGAAGUUUUCGGAUGUGAACGGUUUAUAAUACAUCAUCGAACUGAGUCAGAACAUAUCAAUCGAUCUCAUGCAAAA